AUGGCAAGCGUGGAAGACAGAAUAAAAGUGCGGAUUCUGCGAGGGCUCUCCUCCCGUGUCGUGACAGAGCUGGACAUGGACAGACGGUCUUUCGUGUUUGAUGUGAUCAUGGCGAUCAAGAAAGAAACAGGAUUGCACUGGAGACGACAACGUCUUCUUCAUGACCAGCAACCCCUAGGCGAGGCUCAGCGACUGAGCGAGGUCAUCGACGGCCCGGAGGCUGAGGUGGCUCUUGUUCACAUCGACCACCAGAACUUGGAGCCCAUUUCCGAUCGGGACAAGCUACAGGUGAUGCUUAUGUCUGAUGGAGAAGCCCUCGCUUACGCCACCGAGGAGUUCAAGCGUGACCGAGACCUUGUCCUGGCGGCUGUGAGACAAACCGGGAAGGCACUGCGCCAUGUCCGUGGAGCUCUGCUAGCCGAUGAAGAGAUAGUGGAACUGGCCAUGGCAAGCCACCCUUUUGCAUUGGCCCGAGCCGCGAAGGCAGCACGAAAAAAUCCGAAGCUGGCCGCGAAGGCUCUUGAUGCAGAUCCGGACAUGAUUCGCUUCCUACACCCGGAACUUCUGGGCAACGAAGCCUUCCUGAUGCCGCACAUCGAGAAGAACGGGUUGCUGCUGGAACGUGUUCUCCGACAGACCAGCAAGAUUGCUUCGGCUGCCGUUGAACAGAACCCACUGGCCUUGGAAUUCUGCAAAGCACAUCACAUCACGGAGCCCAUGACGCUGACAGCCGUGGCCAAGAACGGUCUGGCGCUCCGCUUUGUGCCGGCGCAGUUUAAGGUCCGACAGGUGGUCCUGGUCGCCGUCGGUCAGAAUCCUCGUGCUGCGAAGUAUGUCGGGCUCAAGGCCUUGCUGCUCGAUGCUGUCCGAGAGAAUCCUCAUGCCCUGAGAUUCGCCAGGUCGGAGUUUCUUGCCGAUGCUGAUGUGGUCUCUAUGGCCUUUGAGAAAGACAAGACGAGCUUGAGGUAUGCCACCAAACCCGCCGUGCUUGAGCUGAUCUCUCGCUUUCCGCACGAGGAUCUCCUGCAGUUUGCUAAAGACAGCCUCCAAGAGGACGUGGACAUCUUGUCCGCUGUUCAGCCGCUUCACAAAGCCAAGAGAGAUCUUGGGGAUUGGGGCAGCGCAGAAGCAACAGUGCUGGGUCUUUUCACCUUCGGCGUCUUCGUGAAUGUGACACCCUCCUGGGGUGGCGGGGAUCCAGUAUUCGCACUGCUCCCCAAAUCAGAGUUUUCUGCAGAUUUCGGGUCUGACCCCGAGAAGGCGAUCCGGGGUGGGAAGAUAAAGGUCCGCAAGCUAGGGUUGAACGAUCGUGGCGAGACGGCGCCUUAUGCAUCAGCUUGUUUUCCCUCGGCAGUGAUUGUGGUCGGCGGCGGCCUUGCGGGCAUGUCCGCCGCCAACACCGUGGUGGAGCUUGGUGGCCGCACCAUUCUAUUGGACAAGUCCUCUUUCUGCGGAGGGAACAGCACCAAGGCCACCAGCGGCAUCAACGGUGCUGGGACCAAGACUCAGAAAGGAAAGUCCAUCCCGGACACUGCGGAGUGGAUUUUCAUCGCGGACACGCUGAAGGGCGGUGCGAAGAAGCCCGAGCUUGCCAAGGUGCUGUGCGCCAACAGCGCUGCGGAUGUUGACUGGCUCGUGGACAAGUUCGACCUCGAUCUCUCCCUCGUCGCGCGCCUGGGAGGGCACUCCCAGCCCCGCACGCACCGCGGCAAGGAGCGGUUCCCUGGAAUGACCAUCACUUAUGCAUUGAUUCAGAUGCUGGAGAAGGUUGCUGAGAAGACCAACCGAGCUCGCAUCGUGACGAAGGCGGAGGUGUACAAGCUUCUCGUCAAUGCCGGCACCGUGGUUGGCUGCGAGUACAAGAAAGCCGGCAAGACCGUCAAGGAGUUCGGCCCCAUGGUCCUCGCCUCCGGCGGUUUCGGCGCUGACUUCGGAGCCGAUUCCCUGUUGGCCACGUACCGGCCGGACUUGCUCCAUCUCCCCACCACCAACGGUGAGCACUGCACUGGUGAUGCCAUCAAGAUGGGAGAGGCCAUCGGUGCAGCCACCAUUGACCUCGAGUGGGUCCAGGUGCACCCCACCGGUCUGGUGAAACCGGACGAUCCCGAUGCCAAGGUGAAGUUCUUGGCCGCGGAGGCCCUUCGAGGUGUUGGUGGCAUUGUCUUGGAUGCCAACGGCGACCGCUUCUGCAACGAGCUGGGCCGACGUGACUAUGUCACAGGAGAGAUGUGGAAGAACAAGCCACCCUUCCGCCUGUGUUUGAACAAGGCUGCAGCCGAUGAGAUCAUCUGGCACGCCAAGCACUACACCGGCCGCGGUGUCAUGAAGUUCUACGCCUCGGGCGAGGACUUGGCAAAAGACAUGGGCGUCCCCCUGCAGAGGAUCGUGGAUGCCCACCAGAAGCACUUCGAGGCGGCAAAGAAGCAGGAGAAGGAUCCCGAUGGUGGCCCGUUCCCUGCGUACCCGUCCGGCAAGACCUGGGACGAGCCCAGCGGCAAGACGGGCAGCGGCAAGAAGUUCUUCCACAACAUCAUCGAUGGCUCCAAGGUGCCUACCGAGCCCUUCUACGUGGCGAUCAUUACUCCAGUGAUCCACUACUGCAUGGGUGGGCUCGAGUGCACCGUGGACGCCGAGUGCAUUGACAAGAAGUCGGGCAAAGUCAUUCCUGGACUUUAUGUCGCUGGUGAGGCGGCUGGUGGCAUCCACGGCAACAACCGCCUGGGUGGCAACUCUUUGCUGGACUGCGUUGUGUUUGGCCGAGUUGCCGGUAAGGCCGCCUGCAAGUUCACCUUCGGUGCUGGCGAAAAGUUCAAGCCUUGCCCCGAGCCGGGCGAGCUGAAGGAUUUGUGCAAGUGA